AUGCACGUGAACAAGACUCUCCACGGCAGGAUCCUAGCCCGGAACGCGUUCUACACGGUGAAGUUGCGCGCGGGCGAAUCGAUGCACGAGUAUGCGACUCGUGUGGAGGAACUCGGGGAAACAUUCUUGGACCUCGGUGGAACGGUCACGGAGGAGGAUUGGAUUCUCACCUUGCUUUGCGGCCUUCCGGAAGAGUGGUCGACGGUGAUUACGACACUCGAUAGCGUGCAAGGCACUUGGACGAAGGAAAUGGUGGUUGGUCGGCUUCUCCAUGAGGAAUCGCAUCGCCGACAAUUCGCUAAUGAAAGCGUGGAGACCGCCAUGUUCUCCAGAGGGAGUUCCGGAGGAAAGUCCAAGUGGAGCAAGGGUGCGACGAAGAAGUCGUACGGCGGAAGCGAUCGCGGCAAGGGGAACACAUCGAACGGCGCGAGCAAGUGCCACUAUUGCGGCAAAGCGGGACACUUAUGGCGAGAGUGUCGGAAGCGGCCGAGCGAUUGGACUCCAUCGAAGGCGUGGAACCACGAGGGCAACGCGCACACGGCAUCCGGCGAGGCGGAUGAUACAACGGAGUCGAUCGUGUUAUUGGCCGGUGACGGGACCAACACUCCAAGCGACACGUGGUUCCUCGACACCGGCGCAACGCAACACAUGACGCACUCGGCAUCGUUCCUCACCAACGUUGGUGCACCGCGGGACGUCAAGCGUGUCGUCUUCGGGAACAACAAGUCGCUACCGGUGGUUGGAGUUGGGAGUACGCGUCUCAUCGUUGAUGGCGGACCGGUUGACAUCACGAACGUGCUUCACGUUCCGGGGUUGAAGGUGAAUCUACUCUCCGUCACUCAACUCGCGAAGAAGGACGUGAAGUUCACCAUCGACGGCGAGACGAUGAACCCCUUUUGGAAGGGGAAGCAAUUCGCACAAGGCGUUCUCAACGGAGAACUCUACCAACUCAAGACGCACCCGGGAGUGGCUUCAUCCAACGUGGCGCAAGGUUCAAAGGCGACUCUUAAGGCGUGGCAUAAUCGGCUUGCGCACGCCAACUACGACUCGGUCAAGGAGUUGGUCAACAAAGGACUCGCGAAGGGAGUCAACGUGAUCGCCGGCGACGACGAGAAGGGCGUGUGCUCGGCGUGUGUCGAAGGAAAAAUGGCUCGCAAGCCAUUUGGCUAA